UCUAAUAAUGCUAACGUGUCAUCGUUUCACCUCUGCGGACGUUUGGAUUUACCGCGUGGCCACAUUUCUUAACUUUAGAACUCUGUAUUUUCACCAGAACAUGGUUCCAAAUCAAUAUCUUCAUGUUCAACCAAUUUCAUAGAGGCAAGAAAUCAAAGAAAUCAAAAUGGAUCAAAGCAAGUAUCACAGACAUUAUAGCAGAACCGACCACUAUUCCCACAAUAAACAAUUGGGCGGAUUCCGUAGAUGAAGAACCAGAGACAUUUGGGUUCGCGUCGCGACCAAGGGCGCCGGUGGUGCUCCCGUCCGCUUCGCGAGCUGCCCGCGGAGGGCUGGCCGUUGAUGAUGAGUCCAUUCCUCGACGACCACCCUUCAUUGCACACAUUUCAAACCUGCCGUACGAUGUUGAUGAAACAGCUAUCACAGAGCUGUUUGAUGGCCUUAAGAUUACCAACCUGAGAUUGCCGCGGGAAGGCGAUCGCCUCAAAGGAUAUGGAUAUGUUGACUUCGAAGACAGGGAAAGUCUUAUCAAUGCCAUGAAUAUGCCAGAUUUGACAAUAGGCGGCAGAAGAAUACGGAUAGAUGUAGCUACGCAGGAUAACGACCGGCGCAUGGGCAGGGGGGGUCGCUCCGACCGAGACAGGGAGUACGACCCGGAGCGCACGAUGGGCGACUGGCGCUCGGGCCCGCGCUCGGCGCCCGAGCCGGCGCGCGCCGCCGCGCCGCGCGUCAUGGACCGCGACGGCAUGCGCGAGCGCGGCGCCGAGCGGGAGCGCGACUCGAGUGCAGACAACCGGCCGGGCGGCUGGCGCGACGGCGAGCGCGCCGCGCCCGAGCCCGCGCGCACGCCGUACGGCGGCCGGGACUCGUUCGGCCGGGACCGAGACGACCGCAGCCGAGGAUUUGGCCGCGAUGGCGAGCGUGAAAGGAGUGGUUAUGGCGGUCGAGAUGGAUUCCGCACUGCUGAAAGAGAUGGUGGUGGCUUUAGCCGGGAAGGCAGAGGAUUUGGUUCUCGCGGGUUCGGUGAUCGUGACCGUGACCCUCCACCCAGAGAAGACGCGAAGCCCCGCGAGCGGCCGAAGCUGAACCUGUUGCCGCGCACCGUGCCGCGCGAGCCCGAGGCGGCCGCGCCCGUCGAGGAGCGCCCGGAGCGGCCGGCGGCCAAGCCCGUGCCCGCCGAGAAGGUGUUCGGCGCGGCCAAGCCUGUCGAUACUGCUGCGAAGGAGCGUGAAAUUGAAGAACGCCUAAGGAAGCAAGAAGAAGAAGCUAGACGCGCCACAGAAGAAAAAGAACGUUGGGGCCGUAGGAAUGACCAUUCCGGUGACCGUCGUGGCGGCGCGAGGCGUGAUGAUCGCGGGCGAGACUCGCGCAGUUACAACAGAGACCGGCGUGAUUAUUCCAAAGAUGAUAAAGACAGGCGCGACUAUCGCGACGAUCGCGAGCGGCGAGACUACUCCAAGGAGAGCCGGGAUGACAAGGACCGCCGCGACUACAGAGACGAUCGCGAGCGACGCUCGUCCGACGACCGCGGAUCAGUGGACCGCCGCGGGUCACGCGACCGCCGCCGGUCACCCGACCGCCGCGGGUCACCCGACCGCCGCGUGUCCCCCGACCGGCGCGGGUCACGAGACCGCCGCGUGUCCCCCGAGCGGAGGCCGCGGUCUCCCGCCGCGGAGGAGGAGCGGCCGACCGAGAGGAACGGCCGCGCGAGGCAGAGCCGCUCCAGGGAGCGCGAGCCCGAGGAGAAACCGCUGCCCAAGCUGAAGGAACAGGAGAAACCGAACUUCGUAGCGUCGAAUAAAUUUAGUUUCCUGGAGGACGCGGACGACGACGGCGGCUCCGACUAACACGUGCGGAGCCACUGUGUGCGCUGAAUUUAUUGACUCGUGUGUAAAGUGUAAAUUUACGAGUAUCUAGUGUCAAGUGUCGCGACUGCGGAGCACCGGGACGAUCGUGCGUUGUCUAUGUAAUAGGACUCAAUUAGAAUAGUGUGGUGUGGAUAUAAGUGUAUAUUAGGGUCGCUAUAUGUUCGCACUGCUUCGACAGCAGCCCCAGCCUUUGUUGCCGCUUCUACAAGGUCACACCCUUUUGUAAUAAUCCAUAAUUAAUUCCGUAAUGCUAAGAAGCCACAAUAAAGGCUGGGGCUUGCGAUUGUGACCGUAUUGUACUGAUUGGUGUAAAUUUUUCUAUAGUUUAUUACAUACUAGUAUUGUAUGAACAUUUGCAACAAGCAACAGUGACAUGCAAUUUCCAACAGAUUUUUGGUACAGGUGCCUAUUUUUUUUUUGUGAAUAUUUCAUUAUUCUUUACUUUUACUACCAACACUGAAUCUUAUUUCUUUAUUUUAGAAUUUGUAUGUUAAAUAUAUAGUUGAUUUAGAUUUAUUAUUAGAAUGUUAAUUUUAUUCAUAUUUAAUAUUUACAUUGGAAAUUGUUACGGUACGUAUGAGGCGCUGCGAAUAGAAACUUCAAGUAUAUCUUACUGCCGCGACAUGGCCGCCUGCGUAUUGAUAUCAAUUGAUGGUAAAUCCAACAGUAUAGUUAAAACAGCCAGUGAAAACCUGGUCACAAGGACUAUUAAACAAAAUGUAACUAAACAGCAGGACAUCAAUUUGCUCUGGCGAAAUUUUCUGUUUGGUAAACUACAUUCUAAUAAUUGUGAAUUAUAAAUAAAUCCUUUUUACAACAUAA